GAAAGGGGUUCAGGUGCAUUCGGAAGAUGGGAAGGGACUCUGCUGUCCUAACUUCAGGGGGAAGCUGGUUCUACCAUUGGGGUGCCAGGACAGAGAAGAGCUUGGACUGUGCUGAGCGGGAGCUGCCCUCCCGUAUGGGUGGGAGGGCCAAGAGACCUGAUGUGGCAGAACGGUGCUUGGGUUGGGGUGUUGGGUUUGAGCAUAGCCUGAAGGUAGGGAGGGGCAGUUCCUCCAGAGCGACAUACAGAAUAACACUGUCAUUUUUGCAUCCAUAGCUCCGUAUAAGAAUUUGCGAGUGGUUACAGUACAUUUCUCCAGUCCCACCCCUAGCUUUUUACUGAAACAGGGGUGGGGGAAACGCUUUAUUAUUGUUUCGAUUGCUGAUUUAAUUAUCUAUAUUUCUUUAUUUCAACAAUUGCACCAUCAACAAUUGUUCACCAAUUCCUAAUAAUACCAGGGCAAUACUUGCCCUAUUAAUUAAUAAAGUCUCCUACUCUCAUAAAAUAUUGAUUUUAAGAUUAACAUCACUUUAUUGGUCAAUUGCACACUGGGUCCAACCGAAAUCUGACUUUCACUUUCAACCCAACCACUCUGAAAGACACAUAUAUACACAGGCUUUUGGAGAGGUGCGGGGAGCUAUUGUGGGGGGUUAAGUGUUUUGCUCAAGGGCACAACAGCAGGCAAUGGCAUCUAGAAUUUGAUACCAGCAACCCUCUGCCUGCCAGCUCACUUCCCAACAGAUUUUCUUGUUGGACCCCGGAUUUGAACUCGAAACGCUCCGGUUGCUGGCUCGCCUCUCUAACCUUUUAGCCCUCUGCAAUCAGAUCUGAACAUUGUAAAAAUCAGAGUUGCAAAACGUCUUCCCUGUAAAUCAUUAGCGUUUCCUGUAAAGCUUAAUAUCAGGUGAGUUCUGGACAGGUUCCCAAAGCUUUCAAUUGGUCUCUUGCCUUUUACAGUUGCAGAAACACGAAGUUCCCUCUUCUGACAAUAAAUGACUUUCCCACACUCAUGGAGUUCCAGAGUUCACUGUUGUGGUGAAGUAGCACCUCGUGUUGGCUGUGUUCAGAGCUGGACAGCUCUCAAGUAUGGGGAUAAGCAAGGAGUUGCAGGGAAAGAAGACUCUUGUCAUAGGGGCUUUGGCGAUCUCUAUGGUCACCAUAAUCCUAGGGCUCGGACUGGGGCUUGGUUUACAACUAGAGGACUGUCGAAACAAAGUGGUUCCCACUACCUCCUGCAAGAACAGAUGCUACGAGCCCUUUGACGAUGAGACACCAGGCUGUCGCUGUGAUACUCAGUGUGUCAUCAACAAUAACUGUUGCUAUGACUUUCAGGACAUCUGUUUCCAACCAACUCAACAAUGGGAGUGCACCAAACUGCGCUGUGGAGAAACGAGGUUGGCGGAGAGCAGGUGCCACUGCUCUGACGACUGUCUGGGUGCUGGUGACUGUUGUACCAACUUCAAACAUGUCUGUCAAGGAGAGACAGAAUGGGUGGCAGAUGACUGUGUGGAUUUGGCGAGCCCUAAAUGUCCAGCGAACUUUAAACUGCAGCCGCUGCUCCUCAUCUCACUGGACGGCUUGAGAGCAGAGUAUCAACAAACAUGGAGUUCCCUCAUCCCCGUCCUAGACAAACUGAGAACCUGUGGCACCUCUGCGCCUUACAUGCAGCCUGUGUUCCCCAGCAUUACCUUCCCGAAUCACUACACCAUUGCGACGGGCAUGUACUCCGAGUCCCACGGACUGGUUGACAACAAGAUGUAUGACCCUGUGUUCGAUGCUUCCUUCAGUCUGUCAAACGACGAGAAGUCCAACCCCAGAUGGUACUUUGGUCAGCCUAUUUGGCACACUGCCAGUUACCAAGGGCUAAGAGCAGGAACGUAUUUCUGGCCUGGCUCAGAUGUCAAAAUCAAUGGCAGUUUCCCAGACAUCAACUUAGACUACAACGGAAAAAUACCUUUUGAGGAGAGGGUCUUCACACUCCUGAAGUGGCUACAGUUGCCAGAUAAUGAGAGGCCAGAUUUCUUCACGUUGUACCUCGAGGAGCCGGACAAGUCGGGGCACAGCUUUGGUCCUGUCAGUGGAGGGUUGAUCGAGGCUCUCACUGGAGUGGACAAGGUCAUUGGUCAACUGAUGAACGGACUCAAACAGCUGAACCUGCAUCAGUGUCUCAACAUCAUCAUCAUAGCUGACCACGGUAUGGAGGACACAAGUUGUGACAGGAAGGAAGUCCUCCAGGAUCUACUCCAGGUGGAAAAUGUUCGUGAUCUAUAUGUCUACGAGGGACCUUUUGGGAGAAUUAGAUCCAAUGACAAAAACCAACCCUUGGACUCGGCCCGACUUGUAGCCAACAUGACGUGCAAGAAGAACGGUCAGAAGGUCAAGCCUUACCUGAAAAACCAUCUGCCCAAGCGGUUCCACUACGCAAACAGUAGACGCAUUGAGGACGUCAGCGUGAUAGUCAACCCAGGAUGGCUGUUCGAGAGAUACCCAGGGUCUUUGACCUUCUGUGCAGGUGGAGCUCAUGGGUAUGACAAUGAUGAUGUCAGUAUGCAUGCUAUGUUCUUAAGCUAUGGACCCAAGUUUCAUUAUAAAACCGAAAUAGAACCAUUCUCCAAUAUUGAGCUCUACAAUCUCAUGUGUGAUGUGUUGGGGAUCUCCCCAUCCCAGAACAAUGGAAGCCACGGCAGUAUGAACCAUCUCCUGAGGACUCCCUGGCACACUCCCAUACACCCUGCAGAGCAGACAACCCCUGGGCAGUGCCCUCUGGUGAUCCUUGAACCCACAGAUACCCUGGACUGCACAUGCACCUCCCUGGGUGUAACUAAUCCAAAUAGUCGUCUGAAUCUGACAGCUGCUGAAGUGAAAGCUGUUGAGCAGAAGCACAUGUUGUUUGGAAGACCAAUAAUGCUGCAACCCAGCAAUGACUACUGCUUACUGUAUCAUCAGGGCUUUGUCAACGCCUAUAGCAAAAAAUCCCUCAUGCCAGUGUGGAACUCAUACACUUUGGACAAACCUGAAAACAUGGACCCUUUGCCAGCAGUCACACCAGACUGUCUGAGGGCUGAUGUCCGCAUCCCGGCAGAUAAAAGUCCCAGAUGUGGCCAGUAUGCUCCAGCCAGGAACAUUACCCACGGUUUCCUCUACCCUCCCAAUCUCAACAAGACAGCAGAGGAGGAGUAUGAUGGCCUGUUGAUGAGCAAUGUUGUACCCAUGUAUCCUGAGUUUAAGAAGGUCUGGGAUUACUUCCACACUACAUUGCUGAAAAAAUAUGCCAGUCAAUAUAAUGGCAUUAAUGUGGUGACAGGCCCGGCAUUUGACUACAACUACGACGGACAGUUUGAUUCUCAAGACCAGAUAGAACAGUUUGUAACAGGUACACAGAUUCCAAUCCCAACCCAUUACUUUGCAGUUCUCACCAGCUGUAAGGACUCGCAACCAGUGAGCAGCUGUAACAGUGAGCUACAGACCGUUUCCUUCUUGAUACCACACAAAGCGGACAACUCAGAGAACUGUAAUAAUGGUGACACGGCAUCUCUAUGGGUUGAAGACCACCUGUGGUUCCACCAAUCACGUGUCAGAGAUGUAGAGUGGCUCACAGGAUUGGAUUUCUAUCAAGGCAGCACCAGGCCUAUCCCGGAACUUCUAAAAGUAAAGACUCGCCCAACUGCUGCCAUUCACAGAAGACCUUGAAAUGAAUGACCUUUUGAAAUAUACAUGUAUUGGUAGAGGUAUUUGAUAAUUAUAAAAACAUACAUUUUA